AUGGAGCCCGAGGCCCCGGAUUCCCGCAAGAGGCCCCUCGAAACGCCCCCCGAGGUGGUCUGCACCAAGCGCAGCAACACGGGAGAGGAAGGUGAAUACUUCCUGAAGGUGCUGAUCCCCAGCUACGCUGCGGGCUCUAUCAUCGGCAAGGGUGGGCAGACCAUCGUGCAGCUGCAGAAGGAGACGGGAGCCACCAUCAAGCUCUCCAAGUCCAAAGACUUCUAUCCGGGAACCACAGAGAGAGUAUGCCUGGUACAGGGCACAGCAGAGGCCUUGAAUGCUGUGCACAGCUUUAUUGCCGAGAAGGUCCGAGAAAUCCCACAAGCAAUGACCAAGCCUGAGGUGGUCAAUAUCCUUCAACCCCAAACCACAAUGAAUCCUGACAGAGCCAAGCAGGCCAAGCUGAUCGUCCCCAACAGCACGGCGGGCCUGAUCAUCGGCAAGGGGGGCGCGACCGUGAAGGCCGUGAUGGAACAGUCGGGGGCUUGGGUGCAGCUGUCCCAGAAGCCGGAGGGCAUCAACCUGCAGGAGCGCGUGGUGACGGUCAGCGGCGAACCUGAGCAGGUGCACAAGGCCGUGAGCGCCAUAGUGCAGAAGGUACAGGAAGAUCCCCAGAGCAGCAGCUGCCUGAAUAUCAGCUACGCCAACGUGGCUGGGCCAGUGGCCAACUCCAACCCCACCGGCUCGCCGUACGCCAGCCCCGCCGACGUGCUGCCCGCCGCCGCCGCCGCCUCGGCCGCCGCCGCCUCGGGCCUGCUGGGCCCGGCGGGGUUGGCGGGCGUGGGGGCCUUUCCGGCCGCCCUGCCUGCCUUCUCGGGCACCGACCUGCUGGCCAUCAGCACGGCACUCAACACGCUGGCCAGUUACGGCUACAACACCAACUCCCUCGGCCUGGGGCUCAACUCGGCCGCAGCCUCCGGGGUCCUGGCCGCCGUGGCCGCCGGUGCCAACCCUGCCGCCGCCGCGGCCGCCAACCUCCUGGCGUCCUACGCCGGUGAAGCAGGGGCCGGGCCAGCCGGAGGGGCUGCUCCGCCUCCACCGCCGCCGCCCGGAGCCCUGGGGUCCUUCGCCUUGGCCGCGGCCGCCAACGGCUACCUCGGGGCCGGGGCGGGCGGCGGGGCCGGCGGCGGGGGCGGCCCGCUGGUGGCCGCUGCGGCGGCAGCGGGCGCGGCUGGGGGCUUCCUGACGGCGGAGAAGUUGGCCGCCGAGAGUGCCAAGGAGCUGGUGGAGAUUGCGGUGCCUGAGAACCUGGUGGGAGCCAUCCUGGGCAAGGGGGGCAAGACGUUGGUGGAGUACCAGGAGCUAACAGGCGCCCGCAUCCAGAUCUCCAAGAAGGGCGAGUUCCUGCCAGGCACGCGGAACCGGCGGGUCACCAUCACGGGCAGCCCCGCGGCCACGCAAGCCGCUCAAUACCUCAUCAGCCAGCGGGUCACCUACGAGCAGGGAGUGAGGGCCUCAAACCCCCAGAAAGUGGGAUGAGGCCUGUGGUGUGUGCUCCCACCUGGCUCCCUGCCCCUCCUCCUCCUCCUCUUCCUUCUCCUCCUCCCCCUCCCCAACUCCUGACCUCAGCUCGGUAUAGUCCUGCUCCUCUUGGGAUGGGGCUGGGGUAGGCCUGACUGCACUCCCCCCCACCCCUUUUCUGGUAGUCAUAGGCAGGAUUGAGUGAUGGCUGGGGACGAGGCCAAGAAGCUCCCUCCCCAGCCCUGAACUGACCCCUUCUUUCCUUCCUCCCUAUGCUUGACUGGGCCUGACCCUCCUCUCCCAGGGCCCAGGUCUGUGUGAUAUCUGUAUAUAUUGCAUUUUGUUGAUUUUAAUAGAAAACAAAGCGUUAUUUUCUCUUUUCUUUCCCUCCUUUUUUUCCCCUCCUUUGAUAAGGAUUUCCCCUCCCCCCUUUAUAAACUUUUUGUUUCCAUAUGGGAGGAGGGGAGGAGCCUCUGGGUCACCUAGAAUGAGGGGCCUCCCCAAAACAACACCCGCCUCUCCUGCUUUCAGCUCCGGAUCUGAGGGACAUGAUGGAAGCAGAGGUAGCGGAGGAGUGCGAGUUGAAAUGGGGUAUUU